AUGGCAGUUCAUCGCUUAGUAAAGCCUCAGGAAUGGGCAGUCCAGAGACCGUCUCUGGGAUAUGCUGAUCAAGCAAAGAGGAUUGGGGCCAUCGAUUUUGAUGGUGAUGGCGACCCAGCAGUGGCUGAAGAGUGGAUAGAGAGGAUGGAGCGGAUCAUAGAAGUGAUGGCCGUUCCACAGAACCGUAGGGUAACUUUGGCCACUUUCUUUUUGAUCAGAAAUGCUAGACACUGGUGGGAGUCUGUUAAAAGGAGAUAUCGGGAUCAGUCAGCCAUCACAUGGCAAGUCUUCCGAGUUGCAUUUGACAGCCAGUACUACCCACAAGCCUAUCAGAAUCUGAAAAUGGAGGAAUUUCUGCAGCUGGAACAGGGGACGAUGACCGUGUUAGAGUACGAGAAAAAGUUCAAUGAAUUGUCUAAAUACUGUAUUCCACUGGUUGAAGAUGAAAAUAAGAAAUGUCAGUUGUUCACUAGAGGAUUGAAGGCCUCCAUUAGAGAUAUUGUGAUCAGUCAGCGACUGACUAAUUUUGGGGAUUUGGUGAUGUCGGCUUCGCUGAUAGAGAGCAACCAGAUGAUGGUCAGAGCACGAGGUGAAUCUCGGAGGAGAUAG